CAAAAUAUCCAAAGGGAGACUAAAUUUUACUCAACUAUUUACCCAUAUAUGGUGUAGUACUCCUUAAUUUCAUCGUCAUAUUAGAAUUCCGAAAACAAUUUCUUUCUUACACAUUCCCAUUCAGUCCUCAAGAGCUAUGACGUUUAUGAAUAACAUUAGAAGCGCUACGAAAGAAGCGUUGGAUCGCACUGCGAUAAUCGCAAAGUUCUUGUGUUGCCUUCACUUCACCGCCAACUACCUCUGUUCCCCAACUCACGCGUACGGACCUAGCAUGCUCCCUACCCUAAAUAUCGCCGGCGAUGUUGUUCUCGUCGAACACCUAUCUCCGCGGAUUGGGAAAGUUGGUCACGGUGACUUGGUUCUUGUACAGUCUCCUUUGAACCCUAACCGGAACUUAACAAAGCGUGUUGUUGCUAUGGAAGGGGAUACUGUUACUUUCUUUGAUGCUUCGGGUUCUGAUUCCUCUAGAACUGCUGUGGUGCCAAAGGGGCAUGUUUGGAUUCAAGGAGAUAACAUCUAUGCUUCGCGUGAUUCACGUCACUUUGGUCCUGUUCCAUAUGGCCUUAUAAAAGGAAAAGUGUUUUUGCGGGUUUGGCCACCCAGUAGCUUUGGACUGCUAGAUAAUUGAAAUAUUUUAAAGAAGUGCUCCUUUAACUCCAUCUAGUUAUACUUGGAUGAAGCUACGGCGAUUUUCAUGAAUGUGGCUGUUUGCAAGGGGAACACAUGAAGGAGCAUGCUCUCUUUCGUGGCAACAAAAGAUGCAUAUUUUGAGGUUUGUUUAAGGUUUGAGCGCUGUGCUGUGUGGUAUUACUCUUCAAACUUUGUAAAAGAAUAGAGUGCAUACUGCAGAAUUGGUUAGGAACCAUCAGGCAUUUUACCCAGGAUAUAAUUUUUGACAAUUUAUAUGCAGGGUAGGCUCUCUUUGUUUUUGAUUGUCAUAUUGUACCCUGAAAAUUGUAGACAUAUAGAUUCAAAGAAGUACGUUAUCUACCUAGUCUCAUUUGUGAGGUUGAUUGGUGUUUUGAUGUUUGAAAUCAUUUUGUUGCCAGCAAAAAUAUACACUUAGGCUACGAGGAUUGUCAAGGGCCUAGUUGUGAAGUACUAAAUACUUUAAGAAUGAUUA